UCAAUCAACGCCGGGCGAGCCUCCUGCUCCACCUUUCUCCGAUCAACGGCAUCCUCCUCCUCCUCCUCCUCAGGUCUGAUUCUACCUUCUCCUUUCACCCUUUAAAUUCCUAGUAACACAUACAUACUGCUGAUAUUGGAUCCCAAACUCUCUCCAAAUACCAAAGAUCCGGAUCUCCACACCCCUCUCAUGCCUCCCAAACCCACCACCGCCGUCUUCGUCCUAGGGUUUCUCCUCCCCCUGUUGCUUACAUUCUGCCAUGCCGAUCCGGGUCCCAGUUGCCCCAAAACCAGCCCACUCGUCAACUUGGAAUCCGAAUUCAAAAUGCUCCAGCACCAGCUCAGAGGCUCCCUCAAAAUACUCGACGACUGCUCCUUCCAGGUCUCCAAUUUCGACAUGCUCUCCGGCUCCGACGUCCGCUGGUGGGCCGCCGCCGCCCCCGACUUCAACAACCUCACCGCCGGCUUCGUCGUCUCCGACCACAAACUCAACCAGACCUACAAAAGCGCAAGCUUCACUGUGCGUCUCAGAGACAAUGUCACCUGGGAUCAGAUCCAAGUCCUCGCCGUCUGGGACCUCCCCACCUCCUCCGACUUCGGUCACAUCGUCCUCCGUGACGUAAUCAACCGCUCUUCCGGCUUGGCCCCUUCUCCGUCGCCGGCGAGCGAUUCAUGGAAUGGGAGCAGUCGGGUUCAUACUGAGCCGACUAUGCUGGAGAAUUGCAAGAGCUUGUCUGAUCAUUAUAGGGUUAGAUGGACACUGCGUCCUGCGGAGAAUGUGGUUGAUAUUGGGCUCGAAGCUGCCACUGAUUCCACGGAUUACAUGGCUUUCGGGUGGGCCAGCCCCAAGAUGACUACUGAGCAGUUCAUGCUCGGAGCUGAUGUGGCCGUCGCCGGAUUCGAUGAGGAGGGAAUGCCGUUUGUCACUGAUUUUUACAUCUCAAAGUACAGUGAGUGCGCGGUGGACAAGGACGGCUCCGUUAAAGGGGUCUGCCCCGAUACGAGGUACGAAGGGACUGCCGCCAAUGGCUUGGUGAACAAUACUAGAUUGGUUUACGGCCACCGCAGGGACGCCGUGUCGUUUAUUAGGUACCAGAGGCCGUUGGAAUCGGCUGAUCAGAAGUAUGAUGUAGUGGUGAACCAUACUGAGAAAAUGAUGGUGAUUUGGGCUGUGGGGACGAUCAGGCCACCGGAUACUCUUCAGCCUUACUAUCUUCCCCAAAACCAUGGGGGACCCCAGGAUGUGGCUUAUGGCUAUCUCCAGCUGAAUAUGUCUGAGCAUGUGGAUGACUGUUUCGGUCCUAUAGAGGCCGAAGACACAGAGGAUCAGCAUCUCAUUAUUGCCGAUGCAAAGGCGCCGCUUGUGGUUACUUCCGGGGAGGCAGUGCAUUAUCCAGACCCUCCCAACCCUUCAAAGGUUCUUUAUGUUAACAAGAAGGAAGCUCCGGUGUUGAGAGUAGAAAGAGGGGUGCCGGUCACGUUUUCAAUACAAGCUGGGCAUGAUGUUGCUCUCUACAUUACUUCGGAUCCUCUUGGUGGGAAUGCUACACUGAGGAAUGCAAGCGAGACUGUUUAUGCUGGAGGACCGGAGUAUCAAGGAGUUCAAGCCAGUCCCAAGGAGUUAAAAUGGGCGCCAAACAGGAAUACCCCAGACCUGGUGUACUAUCAAUCUCUUUAUGACCAGAAAAUGGGAUGGAAGGUACAGGUGGUUGAUGGGGGUUUACCUGAUAUGUAUAAUAGCAGUGUGGUUUUGGAUGAUCAGCAAGUUACCUUAUUUUGGACAUUGGCACAUGAUUCUAUAUCUAUUGCGGUCCGAGGUGAGAAGAAAAGUGGUUUCUUGGCAAUAGGAUUUGGUAGGGAAAUGGUGAACAGCUAUGCUUAUGUUGGUUGGAUUGAUAAUAUUGGCAAAGGGCGGGUAAAUACUUACUGGAUUGAUGGUAAGGAUGCCUCGAGUGUGCAUCCAACUAAUGAAAAUUUGACAUAUGUGAGGUGCAGGUCAGAAAAUGGGAUCAUAACAUUCGAGUUCACUCGCCCUUUGAGACCUUCAUGUGGUAAGAGUGAUAAGCCCGAGUGUAAAAACAUAAUUGAUCCAACUACUCCUCUUAAAGUUAUAUGGGCAAUGGGUGCUACGUGGUCAGAUGAUCAUCUUAGUGAUCAAAAUAUGCAUUUUGUUACCAGCAGUAGGCCUAUAAGGGUUCUGCUUAUGCGUGGUUCUGCAGAGGCAGAGCAGGAUUUGCAGCCAGUUUUAGCAGUGCAUGGAUUUAUGAUGUUUCUCUCUUGGGCUAUAUUGCUUCCUGGUGGAAUACUGGCAGCUAGAUACUUGAAACAUGUUAAGGGUGAUGGUUGGUACCGGAUUCAUGUAUACUUGCAGUACUCAGGUUUGGCAAUCGUUCUACUUGCCCUUCUUUUUGCUGUUGCCGAGCUCCGAGGCUUCUUUUUCGGCUCAUUACAUGUUAAAUUUGGAACUACGGCUAUAUUUUUGGUUUGUAUGCAACCGGUGAAUGCAUACCUAAGGCCAAAGAGACCAAAUAAUGGAGAGCAGGUUUCCUCUAAAAGGCUUUUGUGGGAGUAUCUUCAUGUGAUCGGGGGCAGGAGUGCCAUUGUAGUAGGUUUUGGAGCACUUUUCACGGGAUUGAGGCAUUUAGGUGAUAGAUAUGGCGGCGAAAAUGUUGGUGGGCUCAACUGGGCUUUGAUAGUUUGGUUCUUGAUAUGUGCUUUGAUAGUAGUAUAUUUGGAAUACUGUGAAAGGCAAAGAAGGGGGGAUAGAAGUGUCGGCAGAAGCAAUUGGGUGCUGGGGAAUCUUGAGGAAGAUGACUCUGUUGAUUUGUUGAGUCCAAAUGGAAUACAUUCAGAGAAGGAUUCACGUACAUCAGGAAGGAUGGAAGUUCAAUUAGAGCCUCUGAACAGAUAGGUAGAUAGAUAGUUAUUCUUUGAUAUGAGCUACUACUCUUACCCAAUUUUGAGAAUUUCUUCACAUACAUGGGGAAUACAAAGCCAGUUUACUUGCUUCAGAGGUCGUUUUGCUUUGUCAAAGGGAGGCUCGUUCGAUGAACACCAUUCAGCUCCAUCCAACCAUUUACUGUCAAGGAUUUUCAUCCCAUGAUCUGCACUCUUGUAUACUUUAUACAUCUUAUUAGUUAUUACACAGAGGAAGGUUAUAUCACUUUAUUUGUUGCCUUUUGAUUAUAAAACGAGGACAUUAGCUUAGAAUGUUUGGUUUAGAUCUGUGAAAUGUGCUUUUCAGGCAUUUGAAAGAGAGAGUUGCUUCUUGCUAGCCAAUUUUCCUGUAAAAUAUGAAGCUGCGUAAUACCUGUUUGCAACCUACAUCAGAUGCUUGUUACUCUUUUAGGUCAUCGU